AUGGACAACAAGUCUAAGAGGUUAAAUAAUGGUGAUAGAAGCCAUAUACCCAGCAUAUUUUUAGAAAGCAACGAUGACGCUACCGUAAUAGAAGGGAGGUCAGACUGGAGAAGACCAAUACAUUCUUCUCCCUCUAACGAUCAAUACAAAAUUGAUGAUGACUCUAAUUCGAAUUCCAUUGAUAUUUAUGCAUCAGGAUACACCAUAGCCGAAGUAGAUACUUCAGAAUUUGGUGUUUCUUUUCAAGAGAAUGGAAGAAGAAGAGCAGGUUCUUCUUCAGAAUAUAAUGAAAAAUUUAGUGAGCUAAUGAAAACUGCAAAAAUUGCAUUAAGUAAAAAUGUUAAUCGAUUUUCUUGGCUCCCAAAUGAUUCAGCUAGCUCAAUAGAAUACAAUAAAAAACUAUCUGGAUUUAGCGUGGAUAACAGUCGGGAAUACAAAGAGUUUUCUGAUUCCCAUAAUCCCUUCCAAAGGGACCAUGGAUUAAAAGAUGAAUUAUUUGAAGAAAUAAGAGAGGUAGUUUCUGAAACUGAUUCCAAAUACACUACCAAAUCAUUAUAUGGUAAUUCAUUAUUCUUAUUCGCUCCUGGUAGCAGAAUAAGACGGUUUCUAUUUAGAUUACAUAAUAAUUCUAAAUAUCGGAAUUUCAUUACUACUCUGACAUUUGUUCUAAUGGUGUUUUUAGCAGUUAGAGUAACCAAUCCAUCUGACUUUCAUUUUUUGUAUAGCAAAAAGAGUGGAAUCGAUUGGUUUGUAGGACUCAUGUACGUAGUUUUUACGUUCAAUGACUUCACUGCAGUAAUCACAUAUGGAUUUUGGAAUGAUUCUGAAUUAUGCAUGGAAAAUAAUAUUCAAUACGUUACUUUACUUCGACAACUUGGCAUAAUAUCGCUAUUCAAUAGCAUUAAACAAAGAUAUAGAAUACAAUCUGAUAAAUUUAGAUGGAUGAAGAUAAUGAACUUUGCAGACAAACCGAUAUAUAUUUCCAAACAGAAUGACAAUCUUGAACAGUCACUUAGCAUCAAGAGGGCAUUUUUACGAUACCCAAGAGGAAUAUUACAACUUAUUUCAACAACAGCGUUCUGGUUAGGUUUGUUUUUCUCAGGCAGCAAGAAUAUUGGCGCAAUUGCAUUUUUCAGAUCGUUAGCUACUAUUCGAAUUUUACUACUUCUCUCUUUAGACAAUGGUAUAUAUGCAAUUUUAGGGAGACUAAUAACAAUCUUUCCACAACUAACUAAAAUAUUGUUUAUUUGGAUAUAUUUUUGGGUAUAUUUUUCAAUACUAGGAACUUCAUUUUUCUCAGGAUCUCUUAGAAGAACUUGUGUAUGGACAAACCCAGACGAUAGUAAUGAUAUUUAUAAGAACGACUCAUGUUUUUGUGGAGGUUAUAUGAAUCUAUUGAAUGGCACCACGGAAAGUUUUGAGUAUAGUAAUGGAAUUUUGAGUGGCGUAGCAAAAGGUUUCAUUUGUCCGCAAAACUCAAAAUGCAUUUCUGAUACUAACCCAUAUAAUAAUAAAAUCAGUUUUGAUAAUAUUGCCAACUCAAUGGAGUUAAUUUUUGUUAUUUUUAGUGCUAACACUUUUACUGAUCUCAUGUACGAUUUAAUUGGCUCGGAUACUUUGGCAAUUGCAAUCUUUUUUAUGGCUUCAAUCUUAAUUCUAAAUGUAUGGCUACUAAAUAUUUUAAUCGCACAAUUGGUCUCAUCUUUUGAAUUAUUUGAAUGGAAAAAAAGGCAUGUUGGUGUUAAUAAAAGUAUUAAAAAAAGGAUAUUCUCUACACAAACUAUUACUAGACUCAAGAAGUAUAUUGAAAAUAAAAAAAUAAAAGGUAGAUUACCGAAUUGGUCAUUAAGAUGCGAAUACUUUUAUAAGAAAGUUGAAAGGAUAUUUAUUUUAUUGAUAGUUUUCAAUCUAUCGAUAAGAUCAACAGUGGAUGAAUCAUCCACUGAAUCAUAUCUAGAAUAUGUUUUAAAAUAUGAACUUUCUUUUAAUUACAUUUUAUUGUUCGAAAGUUUAUAUCGACUUAUAAUAUAUUCACCUAAUAUUUGGAUUUUUUUAUCAAAAAUUGAUUAUGUAAUUGAUUUGAUAAUUGCCUUAAUCACAACAAUAUCAUCGACUGUCCAUCUUUAUCAUAAUAUUGGACAAGUAUACAAUUGGCUUCUUUUUUUCAACGUUUUAAGAUUUUACAGAGUGGUAACUAUACAAUUUUUGUUUGGAAGUAUUUGGAAAGAUAUGUUACCAUAUUUAAAUGAUAUAUUUAAUCUUUCAAAGCUUUACUACGGUGCAACAUUCUUACUUUCAAUCACAGCAUCAUAUUUGUUCCUUGGAAUUAUUCCUGAUUCUGUUUCAGAUGAUAUUCAGUUUGGAAGUUACACGUUGAGAAAUUCAUUUGUUUCAUUACUAACUGUAUCAUCGACGGAAAAUUGGACUGAAGUAUUAUAUGAAUUCCAAGGUAAUUCUCCAACCUCCUUCCAUGCAUUUCUGACUGCUAUAUUUUUCAUUGUUUUUUUUGUAAUAAUUCAUAUUAUUAUUAUAAAUACAGCAGUUGCAAUUAUUUCAAGUGGCCUAGCAAGCAGGGAAUCAGAGAAACGCCAAUUGCAAUUAAAACAUUUUUUGCAUACAGAGCUUCCAAAUCAACUGCAAGCCUUAAGAAACGUAAGUUUAUUAGAAAAGCUAAAACAAAAAGUAUUCAAGCAAGAUAAAGAAGAACAGAAUGAGUUUCAAAAUCUUAUUUUUACUGGAGAAGCCAUUAGUUUAAUAUCAAGUCAAAUAUACCUUAAUGAAAACACAGAUCAAGCUGAGGAUGCGAACAAGGUAAAUCAAGAUUCAAUUUUCACCAACAUAUGGCAAACUUUAAAGAGUAAAGUUUUAUCUAAUCAGUUUUUCUUGAUUUUGUAUGAUUAUUAUAAAGGCCCACGCCUGAAGAAUAAUUUUGAUUAUCUAAAUUUUAACGUCAGUGACAUUUUAUCAUAUGAUUCAAGAAACAAUUAUAAUUUCAGUGAAAUUAAAAAUUUUAUGAGCCGUUACCCAAAUUAUGAUAAUUCUUAUUUCCUAUUUGGCCCAAAAAAUUUUAUAAGAAAGGUAUGCCAGUGGUUGGUCCCUUCAAGUUCAGGUAUCAGAUGGAAUUUACAAUCAAAUAAAACAUUUGCGGAUUCUUUUAAUAAGAAACCCAAUAUUGCAAUAACUUUAUGUAGAGACACAUUUUCUGUUAUUGUAUUCAUAGCGUCGAUAUCAUUGGUAAUCCUAAAUGUUAUUUCUCCUGUUAUCAGUUCAGAUCCUUCUUUUUCAGAAAAGUUUACAUGGCAAAAUAUUAUCUAUAUAGCUGUAGCAAUAUGUUUUAGUUUCGAAUUUUUGAUUAGAACUGUUGCAGAUGGGUUUAUUUUUGGUCCUAAUGCAUAUAUGAACAAUAAUUGGAACAAAUUCGAUUUUGUCAUCUUUGUAUAUAUUGUAUCAGAUGUUAUUACUAUCUUUUAUGGUGAUGCAGGGAUCGCUAGUGCUUUCAAAACGUUUACAAUUCUGCGUAUAAUAAGAUAUAUAAGUAUUAGCAGCCAUGCACGAGAAAUAUUUUCUAUUGUAUUAUUUGAUGGUUUGAAAGUCAUUUGCAAAGCAGCAUUUAUUUCAUUUUGUUUCCUCUACCCUUUCUCUGUAUGGGGAUUGAACCUUUUUAGAGGAAAACUAAAUACAUGUACUGAUCUGUCAGUGGAUAUGACAAAUUGUAUCAAUGAAUACAAAUCAAAGGUUUUUAAAUUUGAUAUUGUUGCACCUCGUGUGUAUGCAGAACCAUAUCUUAACUUUAAUUCAAUUGCUGAUAGCUUAAGGUCUUUAUUUGAAAUUAUUUCACUAGAAGGUUGGACUGAUUUAUUAACCAAUCUUAUGAAUUCUUCUGGAAAAGGUACUGUUCCUUAUAAAUUUGCUACGCCAGUUAAUGCACUUUUUCUUUUACCAUAUAAUAUGAUCAGUACUAUCUUUAUUGUUACGCUAUUCAUUUCACUCAUUCUCAACAAUCUUUCAAGAACUACUGGUAUAGAUUAUGAGAGUGUAGAUCAAAAAAGUUGGUCCGGAACUAGGAAGCUACUGACAAGGACUUCGCCAUUAUAUGAACCUGAUAUAAACAAAAAGAAUAAAAGACGACAGUUUUUUUACAUGCUGACUAUUGAAAAGAAAUCCAUGCCCUACAAUAUAUUCAUGGAUUCAGUCAUGCUUAUUCAUAUAGUUUUACUAACAGCACAAUAUUAUGAAGAUUUUCUCACAAAUGCAAAUAGUUUAGUUGUGGGGUUUUUUCUUACUUCUUUAACAUUACUCAUUGAUCAAUUAUUGUUCAUAUAUAGUUUCGGUUUUAAAAAAUACUUCAAGAACAAAUGGAAAGGGUGCAAGUUUACCAUUAUUUAUACAUCGUGGAUAUUAUCAGCUAUUGAUUUAAAUAUCAACAACCAGCAAUAUAUUACGAAAUCCUUUAGCAGAUUCUGCUAUUCGAACAUUUACCUAUUAUUAAUACCAAGAAUCGAUAUUCUACUUCAAAUUUGUGAAAUUGCGCUAGCAAGUUUUAGUCAAAUUCUUUCGUUAACAUAUUGUUGGUUUAUACUACUAUUAUCAUAUUCUAUUGCAUUACACCAAUUCUUUGGUUACACAAAAUUUGGGGCGAAUACAACAUAUAAUGUUAAUUUUAGAACUAUCCCAAAGGCUAUGAUUCUUUUAUUUAGAAUGAGUUUUGGAGAAGGGUGGAAUUACAUCAUGGAUGAUAUGAAAUUAGAACCACCCUACUGUUCAUAUGUGGAUGGUACUUCAGAUUGUGGUUCGGUCGUCUAUGCUUAUUUAAUUUUAAUAUCAUGGAACAUUUUAUCCAUGUACAUUUUUUUGAAUAUGUACACGUCAUUAAUAGUUAACAACUUUAACUAUACCUAUAGUAGGGAUACCUUAAGAACAGGUAUUCAAUUAUCUGAUAUAAGGAAAUUUCAAAGAGGUUGGGCUAAGUUUGAUAAAGCUGGUUGUGGUACAAUCAGCUUUAUGUUACUUCCUGCAUUAAUGCAUUCGUUUGAUGGAUCCUUGUCUUUCAAAAUUUGGGAUGAUCACCUAAGUAUCAAGAGAAUAGUUAAUGAAUGCAUGACUUUAGUGGAUUCUGAUCCAUACAAUGUCAAGUUUCAUUAUAAGAAAACCAAGGACUUACUAAAUGGUAUUGAUUGUAAAAACAUAAUAAAAACUAAAAGAAGAUAUAAUGAGUUUAUCUAUUAUAUUAAAAUAAAAUGCAGCUACGAUAACACAUUAAAAUUCAAAGAUUUAAUUAAUAUAAUUCCACUAUUUACGACAUAUGAUCCAAAUAAGUGCUUAUCUAUAAAAAAUUAUGUUCAAUAUUUAUCAAUACUAGCUGAAGUGGAAAAAAAAUAA